GAAAGGGAAAUUGGCAAAAAUUGGAGAUAUUUCGAAUAAUAUUCGAUUUUCAUUUUUAUUAUUUAGUCAAACCCAGGGAUCAGACAACGCAACGUUUCCAUCAUGACGACCUCCCGUCAACAUCAAAACCCCGCCACCUCUUCUCCUUCUUCUCCUUCUUCUUCUUCUUCCUCCUCCUCUGCUAUUACUGCCCGCGAUCGUCUUUCCUCCCUCUCCUCACACAUCAUGGGUUCCAACGGCAAUCCUUCCGUCUUCACUCCGGCCGCCGUCGCCGCGGCCCCCGAAGAUCCUCUCUUUGGCUUGAUGAAGGCCUAUCGCGAAGACCCCUCCGAUAAGAAGGUCGAUCUGGGCAUUGGCGCUUACCGUGACAACAAUGCGAAGCCCUGGAUUCUGCCUGUCGUCAAGAAGGCUGAUGACGCCAUCCACAAUGAUCCCACCGUGAAUCACGAAUACCUCUCCAUCGGCGGGUUGGCCGACUUCACCUCAGCCGCACAGAAGCUCAUCGUCGGUGCUGAUAGCCCCGCGAUUCGCGAGAAACGGAUUUGCACCCUCCAGACCAUCUCGGGAACCGGCGCCGUCCACCUGGGCGGCCUCUUCCUCUCCAAGUUCCACCCCGCACAGCCCAAGCCCACCAUCUACCUCUCCAACCCAACCUGGGCCAAUCACCACCAGAUCUUCACAAAUGUCGGCCUCACCCUCGCCAACUACCCCUACUUCUCCACCAAGACCAAGGGCCUCGACUUUGACGGCAUGAUGACCGCGCUGCGGGCAGCGCCGUCCGGCUCCAUCGUCCUCCUCCACGCCUGCGCACACAACCCCACCGGCGUCGACCCCUCGCAGGAGCAAUGGAAGCAAAUCGCCGCGCUCAUGCGCGAGCGUCGCCAAUUCCCCUUCUUCGACACUGCCUACCAGGGCUUCGCAUCGGGCGAUUUGACCCGCGAUGCAUGGGCCAUCCGUUACUUUGUCGAGCAGGGCUUCGAGCUCUGCGUCGCGCAGUCGUUCGCCAAGAACUUUGGUCUGUACGGUGAGCGGACGGGUGCGUUCCACUUUGUUUCUGCGCCUGGCGCGGAUGCGUCCACUUCUAUCCAGCAUAUCGCUAGUCAAUUGGCUAUCUUGCAGCGCUCGGAGAUUUCUAAUCCCCCCGCGUACGGUGCGCGCAUUGCCAGCAAGAUCCUCAAUGACCCCGUACUGUUUGCGGAGUGGGAGGAGGAUCUGCGGACGAUGAGUGGGCGUAUUCAGGAGAUGCGUCGUGGUCUGCGGGAACGGUUGGAGAAGCGUGGUACACCUGGUACUUGGGAUCACAUUACGACUCAGAUUGGCAUGUUCAGCUUUACUGGGUUAAGUGAGACUCAGGUUAAGAUCUUGCGGGAUAAGUGGCACGUUUACAUGACCAAGAACGGCCGUAUCUCCAUGGCUGGUCUCAACACAAAUAACCUGGAUUACUUCGCCGAAGCCGUGGACAGUGUGGUCCGCGAGACCUCCUAAGCCCACCACAUUUACCCGGCUCAAGCGAAUAUAAUCCGGUUUGGCGUUUGUCUCUUUCUCUUUUCUUACAUUUGAUUCCUAUUUCCCCUCCCAUCGGCACAUUUCCUGUGCUUCAUAUACGCACGGAUCGUGAGGGACACACAUUUUUUCCCCUUCCUCCUCAUUCCUUAGUGGAUUGUUGUAUGCCCUCUCUUAUGCAUCACUAUCACAUGUAGAUCUACGGCUCGGAAUACCAGAUGACUUUUGGACUUCUUUUUAUGAUUUGUGAUAGAGAUGUAUAUCUCCGUAUCGUGCCU